AUGCGGUUUGGGCUCUUUCAUCCGAUUGUUUCUCUGCUAUUCUUUGUGAACCACACCUUUCCGGUGCCAUCGAACCCAAGUCCAAUCGCCCAUGGUUCGAGGCUAAGAGAUAUGGACGAUGAUCAUUUAUCACAAGAAGGUGUGAACAAAUAA